AUGUCUCUCCGACCUUCUCUCCUAUCGCGCUGGCUCGCGCAGCCAGAGCUCAUGCAGAGAUCGGCAAUGAGAGCCGCACCCACGUAUUCUCGACAAACGUUGGCCGUCCUCCAACGCCAGCCAUUCCUUGGCUCUGGCUCUCAAACAAUGAUCAAGUCCAUGCGCCGGUCUUUCACAACGGCGGUCAACUAUAGCAGCCGCGCGAUCCCUCGGUCGCGACCGGGACUGCGAUCAGUGCAGCUUCCCAAACAAAGGACAAACCAGCGCUUCAACUCGGGAUCUGCGAACAACGCAUCCGAGGCUUCCAAAGAGGGUGGAUCGCUGUCUCAACGGUUGCGCAAGCUGAGCCGUGAAUACGGGUGGGCCGCGCUGGGGGUGUACCUGACGCUAUCGGCGCUGGACUUUCCCAUUUGCUUUGCAGCUGUACGGCUACUAGGCGUUGAGCGAAUCGGUCAUUUCGAGCAUGUAAUUGUGCAAUCGGUAAAGCAAACAUUCCCAUCGAUUUGGCCUCAGAAGAAGGCGGAGGACGGCAGCCUUGUCCAGGCAGAGGAACCAAACUACGAAGAAGCCAGUAUCUGGACACAACUUGCAUUGGCAUAUGCCAUCCACAAGAGUGUCUUCAUUUUCGUCCGGGUGCCAUUGACAGCGGCCGUAACUCCCAAGGUCGUCCAAGUUCUGCGUAGUUGGGGUUGGAACAUCGGAAAGCGGAAGCCCAAGACCCCUUGA